UAAUAAAAAAAUUGUGGAAGCCAAUCAGAAAUUGAUGAAAACCGUCUACAAUCGAUAUUCACCCGAUGGUGUAAAAGACUAUCACAAUGCUGACACGUUCAACGACGAAAUCGAAUUCGAACUCAAUGACAUUGAUCGCUUUCCGUUCAUCCUGAGUACUCACUUCAAUACAUCCAAAGUAAGUACGGUGUACCAACUGUUGACCUUGGUAUUACUUACGGAAGGAAGUACUGAGUUAACAGUGGAACAUUACGCCGAUAUUGCCCUAAUGUUAGGCUCGUGCAAAGACGUAGAGUCCGCCGAAGUACCAAAAUUAUUGGAGGAAAUUGCCAUCGAGAUUUACAAUCGUGCCAAAGCAAAUGAGUUUAUCAAUAUCAGUCCGUUGGAGGGCAUCAAAUGGUUGAAAGAAAAUUGUCCGACGGCUAGUGCUUCGGUUCAAGCUUUUUUGAACAAACACGGUCACCGAGCGCUGAAAGAGUACGACCUUGUGGCAAUUACGUGGGGAAUGAAACCUGACCAGGUCAUCGAUAUGAUCCAAACAACGAUUAAGGGAAUACUUUCUUAUAAGAAAGACAUCACAGCGAAGAAGAAAGAGAUGACGGUUCGGGACAUUAUCAGCAAGCUAAAGACUCCGAAAAAGCGCUUGACAAGAUUCAUGCUCUCAAAACUGAUUCCACUUUGCCAGAAAGCCGUACAGCUCCGAGAAACGUCCAAAAGUGCAAUGAUCGCAUUUAUACAUGAAAUUCGCAAAGCUUAUCGUCAUCUCGCUGAACUUCUCUAUGCCGAAGGACUACUUCCGAACACCGACCUAAUAUUCUAUUUGCAUCGCGAGGAAAUACUUGAAUUAUUGCACGUACCGACGAAAGAUGAACCUGUUUCAAUCAACAAAUCGAAAUUGAUUACAAAAGCCAUGCGACGAAUGAAAUUGUUUCCGAGUUGGGCGUCCGAUCGCUUUAACGAAUUGAACUUUGGCGUCGUAAAGCCGAUCAACAAUGACGUGCCGUGGAACGUGGAUGGCAGUGUAAAACAUGUAACCGGAACACCGGUCUGUGAAGGUGUGGUCACAGCGCGUGCUUGUGUAAUUAAAAGUUUUGACGAGGUGCAUAAGAUUGAACAGGGCGAUAUUUUGGUCACUUAUGGAACUGAUAUCGGCUGGUCACCAUAUUUUCCGAUAUUAGGUGGAAUCGUUACCGAGCUUGGUGGCUUAAUAUCGCACGGUGCCAUCGUUGCUAGAGAGUAUGGACUGCCUUGUGUGGUUGGAUGUACGGGAGCAACCGACAUUUUUAAAUUCGGCGAGACAAUCACUAUGAACGGGUCCAAGGGAAUCAUUAUAAAAGCGAGUGAUGGUAGCAAGACUGUCGUAUCUGCGUAGUCGCCGAAGCUGCUGUAAAUUCAAAGAUUUUUUUCCGUUUGUUUUAUUCACUUUUUGUAUUGGUUUUUUUUUGGUAUAACAAAUAAUUGUAGACAUGAGGGAUAUUAGUGCUACGUACGAAAAUACAAACAUAAUAACACACGACUUGUACAUGAAGUAAUGCCAGA